AUUUAAUCGCCAGCCUAUCACAUAUGUGCAUUUUCCAAUUGCGUGGGUUCAUGGACAAUUGACACGAUCAAAACAUCCAUUUUGUAAUAACCGUCGUGUGGACAGCAUCUUGGGUGACUUUUCGACCAGAUUGUAGCUGCAAUGGCUCCAAACCUUGAUAAAGCACUCGAACUCAUAGAUGCGGCUCACAAAGAAGACCCGAAUACACUCCAACUAGACAAUGGCGCGUCCGUUCCCUACGAGAUACAUUAUGCGCAGAAGAUGACCAAGUACCUCGACCUGCACACCCCCGAUGCAGGCCCUUUGUUAAAGACAGCUGCUCGAGCCCAGCAUUUUCGUCGCUGGGAGGUUCCGCGCGACACCUAUCCGCGGACCAAAGCGGGCUACUUUGCAUGGCGGACGUUUUUGAAAAAGAGGCAAGCGGAGCAAGUCAGGCAAUUAUGUCUGGAAUGCAACUACACUGAAGAAGAGGCGGACAAAGUGGCGGCGCUGAUCGCGAAGGAAGAUCUCAAGAAGGGCGAGGGGAAAGGCGACCCAGAUGCACAGGUCAUUGAGGAUGUCGCAUGUCUUGUGUUCCUGGACGACCAGUUCGACGAGUUCGAGAAAGCGCAUGACGAAGAUAAGAUCGUGAGUAUCCUGCAAAAGACGUGGGUUAAGAUGGGCAAACGCGGACAAGAACUUGCUUUGGCCAUGGACCUCAGUGACCGUGCUAAGGAGUUGGUCGGAAAGGCUUUGGCUGGUUGAUGCGCAUAAUGCUGUUACUGUAUGAACCACGAUGGUAAUUCAUGCUUCCAUGGCCACCAAACAACGAGGAUGAACCACCCUCCUCGGCUUCGGUGUCUGCCGCCAUUAAUCAAGUUGAAUGCCAUGGCAGUAUGCUCGCAGCACUGGGAGAAACGUCGAGUUGCCGCUGCUGAAAGAUUUUCGACUUUCCAGGAGUCGGCUACUACUGGACGAUUCUUCCUGGACCGAGGAGAAUAUCCGCUGGACUCUUUGCAAGCCAUCUCACGUGGCAGCAACGUUGGAAGUGCGCAAUGUAUUAGAGGUUGGUCUCGAGCGUAGGGAGGAUGUAGACAGUUGACUUGAACCUACAUCGUCAAUCAGCUCUGUGAGUCGCCGCACCUCACCACACCGGAUGAGGUAGGGUUCGCGUACUGCUCAAGGCCUGGGUUUUAUCUACAGGUCACUUUGAGGAAUUAGGGAUUCCGCUCAGCACAACCACGAAUGUGAAACUGCUAAGGUACUACUAGUAUUGUCUGGGACGUCUCGAUGCAAUGCUGUCAAUGCAGUUGGGUUCAGCCUAGUCCAAGUUGCAGAGCCGAGCAUCAGUCACGCCGGGACCGAGUCCGCAGCUGUGAUGAUUCCGAGUGACCAGCCUGGUUUGCAGGUAUGAGUUUCUUUGUCAUUUUCAGCUAUCUUCCAGCACUUCUUUUGGUGCCCGAUCGUUCAGAAUUAAUCAAUACAAUUCUCCACUCCCAGUCGUUGGGACGGAGAUCAAGAGUGUCUGUCUGAUGAAGCACUGUCGCGAAUUUCGCCCCAAAGCACCCACCACCAUUCUCUCUCUCUCACAGCUUCCAAGAUCUGAUCUGUUGCUCACCAGCACAGCACCACGCGGCACUGCACAGAUGAAGCCGGUCCAAGGUUCUUUCUUUCCCUAACUCCGGGGUCCGAUCUUGUGCUUCUGGGCCCAGUAUCCAGGACACUUGACGCGAUCCUUGUCCGUAUGUUCAUGCCAAGUGCAAUCCUUCCUCUCGUCUGGCGGGAAAUACGAUCUUCCACGCAGAUCGUCCAGCCGAUUUUCUUUCUCCUUGCGAGUGAUCUCUUCGAUUUUUGCAAAAAUCACGCUGAGAAGGCUAGGGUGGAUCGACGUGGGUACUGUGGGUGCGGGACCUGGGCCUGUCCAUCCAUCUGCUCCAGCACCUACGAAUGCAAUUGAAACGGCGUCAUUCGCACCAGCAGCACCAGCAGCACCAGCAGCACCAGCACCAGCACCAGCGUCCUUUGGCACCACAUCCGCCCAACCACGGCGCGUGAUCCUAUAACCCAGACACUCAAGCGCAUACUCCUUGAACAGUCGAUCUUGUCCGGACCAUAUGGCUGAAUCGCGUCCAUGACUUGGUUCCGGAACUGGUAUGAGCCCAGGGAGUCGGCGAACUCGAAGCAUUUGUACAGAUGGUCUGGGUUGUCGAUGCUGAAUACAGUCUUGUCUGCCUCGCCGCGCAGGACCGAAUCGAGCCAGAGGGCAAACAUUUCAACGUCGGUUUGGGGCGGGUAGACAAUUGUGCGGGGUGGGUUGGUUACACUAGUGUUUGUGGUGUCAAGAACAAUGGCGAAGUAGCGCGAGUUUUCGAUCAGAAAGUCGCGGUUGAUGUAGAAUACAUUGCUGGCUGUUUUUGAAUUGCAGAGUCAGUGUCGGUGUUGGGACCGGGACCAGUGGCAGAGGUACCGUUUUCUGUUUCAGCGGCUUCGGUGAUAAUACUAGCGCUGUAGUAGGCGCCGUAGUAAGAUCGUGGCUUGUCCUUUCUAAUGACGACCGUGAUCAUUGGGCUAUGGGUGUGUCUGGGUCAGUUAGUUUGGACCAGAGCUGGACAGGUAGAGCGAGCCAAAAAGGAUGGGAAGGGGACACUUACUCGGCGACCAAGCCCUGCUUGAC